AUGUCCGCACCUUCUUCUCCACUUUCUGAGCGCUCCGACGUGUUCGCAGUUGAUCACAAGAUCGUGAAGAUGAUAAUUUGUUUCGUGGAAAGGAGGUUCUUCACUAAGUUAACCUCUUCAGGCCCGCCGACAGAUAUGGGCGGAAAAUACAGCCUUCGUUGUUCAGCGCUUACCGCAAGUCGCACAUAUUUCGCUAUCCGUGCUGCUUUUGCGCGACGAGGGACAAUUAUGUUGAAGUAUCGAUAUUUCGGCGCGCUGAAGGGAACCUACGUACCUGCGGCAUAUUAUCCUCGACGACGGAAAUCGUCAAAUGCCCGACGCACUGCCACCGUGAGACUAGAAAUCGGUACAGGGAGGCAAUGA